AAAUAAGACCCUCUCUCCCUCCCUCAUCUCGAAAUCCGUGUUGGAGACAUGGAGCACAUGUAAUAAUGUGACGGCAAUCUCGCUCUCUUAUGCAUGUGCCUCUCCCUCCCUCUCUCUCUCUCUACUCACACAUCACUCUACCACUCCCUCAACAAAACCCAUCUUAACUCUCUCUCCCUCCCUCCCUCACUCAGCCACAGGCCCACAGUCCUCUCUCUCUGACUCUCUCCCACGAACAUAGUUGAAAAUUCAGUUGCAGAAAUUCAAGGGCGCGCCGCGGAGCACGAAGAUCUUCGCCAGCGGAUCGCUCCUAUCUCCCCGCGCAUCGAACCGGAUCCAAAUGAAAUCCGCCACCAAAGUCUCUCUCAACCCGCUUGUCGCCUACGAGCACAAGAGGGAUGCUUAUGGAUUUGCUGUGAGACCUCAGCAUGUACAACGAUACCGAGAAUAUGCCACUAUCUACAAGGAAGAAGAGGAGGAAAGAUCAGAAAGGUGGAAGUCUUUCCUGGAACUACAAGCAGAGUCCGCUCAAUUGCCUGCAAUUGGAUUAUCUAAGGAACAAGAUAACAAGGCCUUGCUUUCCGAAGCCUCAGAGCAUGAACCAGACUCCAAUUUGGAGAAGGGUGUUGAUGGUGAUGAUUUAAGUGACCAGAAGGCAGGUUCUGAUUCUCUGACCAAAAAUGAUAACGAAAAGGAGGAACUGGAAGCUAAGGACACAAAAACUCAUGGGAUUCAAAUAUGGAAUGAAAUUAGACCAUCUCUUCACGCCAUUGAGACCAUGAUGAGUGUUCGUAUAAAGAAGAAGAACAAUUUGUCAAAGCAUGAGCAGGACACAGGAACUGGGAAGCCGCUUACUCCUCUUGAAGAGGCUAGAUCCCCAAAAGGAGCAUCUGAGGAGGACUCCGAGGAUGAGUUCUAUGAUGUGGAGAGGUCAGACCAGGAUGUCCCUUCAAGUGACAGUGUGAGUGCAUCUGCAACAGGUGCUGCUUCUGACACUGUCCCUUCAGAAUCUUUAUUUCCUUGGAAAGAAGAGUUGGAGGUUCUUGUUCGUGGGGGAGUACCAAUGGCUCUCAGGGGAGAGCUCUGGCAAGCUUUUGUUGGUGUGAAGGCACGGCGUGUGGAUAACUAUUACAAGGAUCUGCUAGCUUCUGAAACUAAUGCUGGUAAUAAUGUGGAACUAAAUAACUUGGACUCAGACAGAAAUAGCAAGUUGUCAGCAACAGAUUCUGUAUGUGCACCUGAAAAAUGGAAAGGGCAGAUUGAGAAGGAUCUACCUAGAACAUUUCCAGGUCACCCUGCUCUAGAUGAAGAUGGUAGAAAUGCUUUGAGGCGUUUGCUUACCGCAUAUGCGCGGCAUAAUCCCUCUGUUGGGUACUGUCAGGCCAUGAAUUUCUUUGCUGGCUUAUUACUGCUUCUCAUGCCCGAAGAAAAUGCCUUCUGGGCUUUGAUGGGGAUUAUAGAUGAUUAUUUUGAUGGCUAUUACUCUGAGGAAAUGAUAGAAUCUCAGGUGGAUCAGCUUGUUUUUGAAGAGUUGGUGCAUGAGAGAUUUCCUAGAUUGGUCAAUCAUCUAGAUUACCUGGGAGUGCAGGUGGCAUGGGUUAGUGGACCAUGGUUCCUUACGAUCUUCAUGAACAUGCUUCCAUGGGAAAGCGUCCUUCGAGUCUGGGAUGUGCUUCUUUUUGAAGGAAACCGCGUUAUGCUAUUUAGAACAGCACUUGCUUUGAUGGAGUUAUAUGGCCCUGCACUGGUUACUACCAAGGAUGCUGGAGAUGCAGUUACUCUGCUGCAAUCACUGGCUGGCUCUACAUUUGAUAGCAGUCAACUGGUAUUGACAGCUUGCAUGGGUUACCAAAAUGUAAAUGAAACUAGAUUACAAGAGUUGAGAAAUAAACAUCGGCCAGCUGUACUUGUUGCUAUCGAGGAAAGAUCGAAGGGACUUCGGGCUUGGAAGGAUUCUCAAGGUCUAGCAUCUAAGCUGUAUAAUUUCAAGCAAGAUCCUAAAUCAAUGAUAAUUGAGACGAAGAAAGGAGAACGAGUAGUCGAUGCACAGACAAAUGGUGAUUUAUCACGUUCAGAGUCUGGGUCCACUAAUGCAGAUGAAGUUCUUAUUAGCCUGAAUGGGGAUGGGGAGUUAGAUUCUGUACCAGAUCUUCAAGAACAGGUGGUAUGGUUGAAGGUUGAAUUAUGCAAGCUGCUGGAGGAGAAAAGAUCUGCUGAACUCAGAGCCGAGGAGCUGGAGACAGCAUUGAUGGAGAUGGUCAAGCAAGAUAAUCGUCGGCAAUUGAGUGCCAGGGUUGAGCAAUUAGAGCAAGAGGUUGCUGAGCUUCGCCGAGCCCUUUCUGAUAAGCAGGAACAGGAGAGUGUCAUGCUCCAGGUCUUAAUGCGAGUAGAGCAAGAGCAGAGACUAACAGAAGAUGCUCGCAGAUUUUCUGAGCAAGAUGCAGCAGCACAGAGAUAUGCUGCUCAAGUGCUUCAGGAGAAGUAUGAAGAGGCCACAGCUGCACUUGCUGAAAUGGAAAAGAGAGUUGUUAUGGCAGAAUCAAUGUUGGAGGCUACUUUGCAAUACCAAUCCGGUCAACAGAAAACACAACCUUCUCCAAGAUCUCUAUCUUUACCUGUACAAACCAAUCAAGACCAGACACAAGAGUUCCCCGCAAGAAAGAUCAGUUUGCUAUCUCGACCAUUUGGCCUUGGCUGGCGUGAUCGCAACAAGGGAAAACCUGCUAACAAUGAGGAGCCGAAUGACAGCAAGUCUAUCAGUGAGGGAGAGAGUCCCACCGCAGAGGUAAAAGAGACGAAUUGCCUUCAAGCGGAAGAUAAAGAGUAGAGCAGAUCAAAGCAGAGGCUGUAUUGAUAUAUCCCUAUAGAUGUUUGCUGCCCCGAUAGUAAUACUCUCAUGUGCAAAGCUUGAUAGUAUGCCUUCUGUGUCUGUCAGUCCAGGGGAGCUAUAGUUUUGAUUUCUUUCAUCGUCUGUAAUUUUUCGAUAGAGAAACCAAUUUUAUCCAUUCAUUGUUUGAUUGUUGAUUAGGUAGUGGUAAUAAUCAUGUAGUGGGGGAGGAAAAAAAUGUAGAAAAUAUUGACGAUAUGGUUUACAUAGGUGUAUAAUCUUCGUCAAAUGUAUUUGUAUGACACUUUU